AGUAAAGGUACUCUAUGGUACAAACUGUGGCUAUGAUUUAUUAAAUAGGAUAAGAAACAGUACCAAAUACCAUUUACGUAUUUAAUUGUUAGUUACAAUGGCUUUAGUUGCGUAUGAUAACAGUGACUCAAGUGAUUAUGAUGAACCUGAAAGUACUGGAGACACUUCAAAACUACAAGCUAUACUACCUGAUUUGCCAUCGGGCAAUGGAACAGAAGUUAGGAAUGAAAAAAAUCUUUUUAACCUCCUUCCUAAGCCAACUAAACAAAAAAUAACAUUAAAGGAGGAUGAAGAUGAAAUAUUGCUCAAAAAAGAGAUAAUAAGUGAAGUUAAACCUAAAUCAAGAAUUACUGUACCAUCUCUAGGUGAUUUUAAAGAUAUGGAAGAUACAGUUCCAAGUGCAAAAAGAAAAGUUAGCAAAGAGAAAAAAUCUGGGCUCUUAAGUAUUCUUCCACAGCCCAAAAACAGUGCUAUAGUAUCCACAAAAAUGCUAAUACCACAAUCUGUAUCUAACAAGCCAUCUGCAACUGUAAAGAAGAUAGACUCUGUUCCAAAUAAUUUAAAAAAAGCAAAGGUUGAAACAAAAAGUGUAGUUAAAACUGACUAUUCAGAUGAAAGCGAUAAUGAUGAUCUUCAGAAUGAUUUCUUCUCAAUAAAUAAACCUGUAGAACUGAUCCCAGAAAAUGUACCUUUCAAUAUUGACGUUAAGGUUGAACAAUCUCAAAAGGAACCUCGGUCCCUUCAGUCAUAUUUCAAAAAAGAUGAUCAUGUUACAUUGGAACCAGAUUAUCAAAGUUUAGAACCUCAAUUAGUACAAGAACAGUCUGAAUAUAGCAGUAAUCAAUCAGAUUUUAUCCCAGUUGAUUGUGUCAGUAAUAGAGAUGUAUUGGACGAAGAAGCUAUCUUAAAACUUUGUGGUGCUAGAGGCAAACGCAAAAGGGAAGAAAUUCAGAUUGUUGAUGUAAAUCAACAAGAAGUGCUUAGAGAUGCAAGAGAAAUGUUACUCAAGGGACUUAUGGAUGACACUACUAAGAGGCAAUCCCACAGUAAGAAAAAGGGCAAUGAACCAACAAGUCAACAGAAGAGAAAACAUCAAAUUACCUACUUAGCACAUCAAGCUAAAGCAAAUGAAGCAGAGUUACAGAAUCAAUGGGCAAACAAUAGAAUGACAAAGAGACAAACGCAAUCUAAAUAUGGCUUUUAAGAUAAUGGAGCACAUGCAAGAAGAUCAAGGGAAGUAGCUAGUACAGAACAGUCAUAAGCUCUCCGGAUCCUCUCUUUGCAAGCUCCUCUGCAGCCAGGAGGGAACUCCAAUAUUUGUUUGUUGUUAGUAUUUUUGUUUUCUAAUAUUAUCGGCACAGACAAUAUCAGAUACAAAUUUAAUACUAAAGUUAUUAAUUCUUGGUUCUAAGCCCUUGAUUUGAGAACUGG